AUGAGGUGGGUUCCGUAUCGUCUUAUUAUAUCAAAAGAGCAUUCAAAAUGCGCAUUUUUUGCCGCUGUUCUUGUUUUGAUGCUAACUGUUAGACAUAUCAGUCACGUUCAACACUGCACGCAGUCACUUAUCGAUCUCAAACGUUCGUGCUCGGAGACCGCAGUUGUAUGUACGGCGAAUUCGUCAUCAGUUCACUCGGCGGAAGUCAUCAUCGGUGAUAAUGUCACUCGUAGUAUACAGCUCCGCGAUGUGUCCUUGGUUGCAGAAGAAACGGAACAGUCGACUUGGGAUGCGAGCUACGACGAAGCGAAGUACAUCGAGGCGAAAUUCGGGAGUUUUUGCUACAGCCCAAAGUAUCCGUACUUCGUCGCUACCGAUAAGCAGCUUUUGAGUGAAUCCGUGUUGAGAGAACGAGGUUGUGCAAAACGGCUGCCAAAGGUCAUCAUCGCUGGCGUCAAAAAAUGCGGCACAGGCGCGGUAUUGAGAUUUCUAAACCUCCACCCAAAUAUCACCGGGUCAUCUCAAGCCGAAGUCCACUAUUUUGACUCGCGAGUUAAGAGAGAUCUGACAUGGUACCGAGACCAGAUGCCAUAUAGUUCUCAAGAUCAAAUUACAAUAGAAAAAACUCCAACCUACUUCAACUUCCCCGACGACGCUCCGCGGAGGAUUCGUGAAGAGUUGUCACCGGAGACAAAAAUUAUUCUGGUAUUGUGCGACCCUGUUAGAAGGGCGGUGUCUGAUUACUUAGAAUACCAGUGGAGAACAACUGUACCGGGAGCCGGGGCAGCGAAAAGAAUCCGAAAGACUUUCGAGUUGACGGUGGUGGACGUCGGAUAUUCUGAAAGUGUGAAAGAAGAACAGGAGAUUGUAGAUCUCGGGGUUUAUAUAAAGUUUCUAAUACGCUGGUACGAUGCGUUUGAAAAAGAGAACAUACUGUUGGUGGAUGGAACCCGAUUUUCUAACGCUCCGUACCGAGAACUCCAAAAGAUUGAGCAUUUUCUCGGCCUUCGGCCUUUCUUCAGAGAAGCUCACUUUUCGCUAAACCCAGAUAGAGGAAUAUAUUGCAUUAAUUUUCCAAAAGAAUAUUGUUUACCGGAGAGCAAAGGACGUACACACCCAAUUGUGGACGACAUCAUUUGGCAGAAAAUGUGCGAUUUUUACGCGCCUUAUGAUAAAAUGUUAGCUAAAAUCUAUGGAUAUAAUUUUUCGUGGGUAGGACAUUGCGAACAACGAAAACAAUACCGAUGA